UUGUUAGUAGAUAUAUAAUUUUAAAUAAAUAUUGAACAGUGAAAAUGGAUAAGAAGAUAUUGUUUAUAUUUUUUACUGCCAUUUUGGGAGUUUGUUAUGGUGAAGCGCAGGGGUCAGAGCCCACCAAUUACGAUUUAAGUCGAAAGAAAAUCGGCAACAAUGAUGGUUUCAGUCUCAGAGAGAUUUGGGAUUUUUUAAUAGGAGGCGGCUACGGGCAGUACAAUCCGUAUCCCAACUACCCGAACUAUCCAGGCGGAUCGUAUUACCCCAACAGGCCUACUUACCCAAGUGGACCAGGAUUGUAUCCAGGAACUGGGUACCCGGGACAGUACCCGGGAGGCAACUAUCCGGGACAUAAUCAAGGAGUAGUGGGGCCACCUGGAGCUCAUCCUGGCUGUCCGCUGUGCGAUUCUUCGGUAUACAGUUACUGUUCUUACAAACAAGCUCAUGAUUCUUGCUGCUGUGAAAAUCCUGCUUAUUUGCCAUACAACUGCCGGAAGUCGAGCUGCAAGUCUUUGUAUGCCAACACCUGUGAGGAGUACAACCUAAUCUCCAGCUGCUGCUGCAUCGACGUCCAAAAGAACGCUGUUGAUAACAUAGUGCCCGUCAACUAGAUUAAGAACGUUCAGUGCCACUUACUUACAUGUGACAUGGUAAAAACUGAAGCAGUCGUGCAAUAACAGUACUGUCACUUGAAAUAUUAACCUUAUAUUCUAAGCUUUUAAGAUAAAUUUCCAUUAAUUGGUUGAGUUUGUAUACGAAAAGUUCUACAAAACUGUUAGAUAUCUCAUAGGUGUAAAGAAUCGUAAGCCCAAAUUCACAACUUUACAAUGGAACUUUGUAAUACAUUGAAAUAAAUAAAUUGAUAACGACACCUGAGAUAAUCAAGGUAUUGCUAUGAAAUUGAUACACACGCAUUAUUUUUCAUGAUUUA